UUGUUUGCAUACAAUAAAAAUUGAACAGCUGUCCUUUCUUUUUAGCCCAAAGACUUGAAAGGACUAAGGAAAGAACGGCAGAACCAAAUCAAAUGUAAAAACAUUCAAUGGAAAGAAAGGACAACCUCCCAAUCAGUGGAAAAUCUGGGGUCUCUGUUUGAAAAGCGUGACUUUAAAGAGAGGCCACGGACAACUGGUACAAAAUCCACUCUGUCACUGAGGCUGGAGCAGUGUCCCCAGCAGCUCAACAAUCCCUUUAAUGAAUACUCCAAAUUUGAUGGCAAGGGCCACAUCGGCACCACUGCUACAAAAAAGAUAGAUGUCUACCUCUCAAUGCAGCUGGCUCAGGAGAAAGUACAUCCAAUGACAGUGGUGACCAUCGCCAAUGCCCGUGUCUAUGACCUCAUUGGACUUAUCUGUUGGCAGUACACAAGCGAGGGGCGAGAACCCAAACUCAAUGAAAAUGUGAAUUCCUAUUGCCUCCACAUCGCCGAGGAUGAUGGUGAGGUGGACACAGACUUCCCUCCUCUAGACUCCAAUGAGCCAAUCCACAAGUUUGGCUUCAGUACUCUGGCCUUGGUGGAGAAAUACUCCUCACCUGGCAUCGCCUCCAGACUGUCACUGUUUGUCAGAAUAAAUGCUGCUCAUGGUUUCUCUCUAAUUCCGGUGGACAAUCUGAAGGUAACCAUGAAGGAAAUUCUCCUGAAAGCUCUUAAGAAGAGGAAAGGUUCACAGAAAGGCUCAGGGCCUAUGUAUCGUCUGGAGAAGCAGACUGAACCAAAUGUUGCAGUAGACCUGGACUCCUCACUGGAGAGCCAGAACACCCUUGAAUUUUGCCUGGUCAGAGAAAACAGCUCCAGAGGUGAGGAGAGUUCAGAGGAAGACCCUCCUAUUGACAUCACCACUGUCCAAGACAUGUUGAGCAGUCACCACUAUAAGUCCUUCAAAAUCAGCAUGAUCCACAAACUGCGUUUCACCACAGAUGUCCAGCUAGGAAUUUCAGGAGAAAAAGUGGAAAUUGAUCCUGUCACCAAUCAGAAGGCCAGUACUAAGUUCUGGAUUCGGCAGAAACCCAUUUCCAUUGACUCGGACCACCUCUGUGCUUGUGACCUUGUGGAGGAAAGAAGCCCUAGUCAUGCAAUAUUCAAACUCACUUAUCUCAGCAAUCAUGACUACAAGCCUCUCUACUUUGAGUCUGAUGCUGCUACUGUCAAUGAAAUAGUCCUGAAGGUGAACUACAUCCUCGAGUCCCGGGCCAGCACUUCUCGUGCUGAUUACUUUGCCCAGAAACAACGGAAACUGAGCCGCCGGACCAGCUUCAGUUUCCAGAAGGAGAAGAAGACUGGCCAAUAGACAGACUGAAGCUUCUCAACCACCUGUUUGUGUGUAAAUUCACAGUGAUCAACAAACAAGGCUUGAUAACCUUGUAUAUAGAGAGCAUCAGGCUAAAACUACAAGCCCUAUAAGGAGACUGUCAGAUUAGGAAGGAUGAAAGGAAGAGAGCGAUGAGUAGAAAAUGGUCCUGUAGGAUGUAUUUCUUCUUCAAGAGAACCAGAUGGAAAACUUGUGAAAUUUCACAAGUGUAGUCAUUCUUUUUCUAAAAAUGAAGAAAAAAAAAGAGAGACUUCUUUUGGCUGUUGUUUCUGUCAGUUUUUCAACUUUAAGUGUUUUGUUCUUUCACUGCCUGUGAAUCUAAGCUACAGGAUGGAUUUGUAGAGCUUCAAGAAGUUGUGUACCCAACAAACAAAUCAAAGCUACAUGCUAAAUCUUUGCUUCUGCCCUCCUCCUUUAACAGAUUUGACACAAUGUGAAAAGAAAUUUUUCACAUUUUUAAUGUAUUGUAGAGGGAUAUUUUUAUUUAGGAAAUGAAAUAAUAGAAAUAAAUUUGCUCUCUGGACUUUUGAAAAAAAA